AUGAAGUGGUCCGUGCUCUCCCGGGAGGCCAAAGUGUUUGUGGGCCUGGUGGCCGUCGAGGCCGUCACCGUCGCCGCCCUCACCGUGCAAGACCUCGUGGCCAACGCGCCGUGGACGGCCGCCAACCGGUUCCACUACGAGUUUGGCAUCUUGUUCCUUGUCUGUACCCUGGCAGCGGCGUACUUUGGCAUUUCGGGAGCGGUGCGCGAAAAUGCGCUUGAGCUGGCCAUCUUCUGCUUUGCGCUCCUCCUCGCCGAUGUCUACGUCCUCUACGCCAUCAUCUCGCCGGGCGCCGAGGCCCGCGGUGGCAAGGUCUCGCCGCACUCGCCGGCGGCGUACAUCCGCGUUGUGCUCGUUUCGCUCGCCACGAUCGCCUCACUUCCGGCAUCUUAUGUGGUGCAUCAGGCCUUUGGCUGGCGGGCGUACAAGACCGUGGGGGCUUCGGUGGAGAUGACCACGCUGUACGAGCGGUAUGUGCUCCUCAUGGGCUCGCUCAAGCUCGACGCGCUCGUCUCGUUCAUCACCCUGUACAUUGCGGGCAUGACGCUGCUCCACGAGCGCGGCCUCAUCGCCGACUCCAUUGCGCUUGUGGUGACGUGGGCUGGGCUGGCGGCGGCGGCGUACGGCGCGCGGCAUGAGUCGCGCAAGGCUGUCGCCGUCUUCUUUGUCAUUGCUGUUCUCGAGCCGGCGUACAUUGUGUGGAAGCUGAGUACAACUCUCGGAUCCGCUACAUCCACUCGCUCAUGA